AUGGAUUUCGGUAAAUAUGACUACUGGACACUAAGAUGGCGUUUGGGAUACGGACUGACGUCGCGAGGCAUUCUGUUUAUUAUUUUUCUCAGUCAUAUUGCCGGCGGUCAAAUACGUUAUUCAAUCCCAGAGGAAAUGAAGAAGGGAUCCCUUAUUGGUAAUGUCGCAUUGGACCUCGGAAUAUCUGCGCAGAGGCUCCGUUCUGGUCGAGCCCGUGUCGUGACAGGAGAAAGCAUCCAGUACACCGAGCUGAAGACAGACAAAGGGACGCUGGUAAUAAAUGAGAGGAUAGACCGAGAGCAGCUUUGUGCAGAGGUAACACCGUGUAGCUUCAGCUUUGAUUUGAUUUUGGAAAACCCGAUGGAACUGCAUCACGUGACGGUCGAAAUCCAGGACCAGAACGACAACCCUCCUCAGGUCCUGUACCCAGUCCAGACUGGUGGCUCUCUGGUGGCUGAGAUGGUGCCUCGUUCAGCAGAUGUGGGCUAUCUGGUCACUAAAGUGGUGGCUGUUGAUGUGGACUCUGGACAGAAUGCCUGGCUCUCCUAUAAACUGCAGAAAGCCACAGACAGGGCGCUGUUUGAAGUGGGCUUACAGAAUGGAGAAAUAAGGACUAUCCGCCAGGUGACUGAUAAAGAUGCUGUGAAACAAAGACUGACUGUUAUAGUGGAGGACAACGGGCAGCCCUCUCGUUCAGCUACAGUCAUUGUUAACGUGGUGGUGGCUGACAGCUUCCCGGAAGUGCUGUCUGAGUUCACUGACUUUACACAGGACAAGGAGUACAAUGACAACCUGACUUUUUACUUAGUGCUGGCUCUGGCUGUAGUGUCCUUCCUCUUCAUCACAUGUUUGGUGGUUAUUAUAUCAGUGAAGAUCUACAGGUGGAGACAGUCUCGCAUCAUGUGUCACUCCAAUCUCCCUGUGAUUCCAUAUUAUCCACCACGUUACUCAGACACUUUGGGGACAGGGACUCUCCAACACGUGUACAACUACGAGGUGUGCAGGACGACUGACUCCAGAAAGAGUGACUGUAAGUUCGGCGGAGCAGGUAGUCAGAACGUGCUGAUAAUGGACCCCGGUUAUACAGGGACGAUGCAGCGGAUACAGAGUGAAAAGAGCAUCCUGGAUGAACCUGACUCUCCUCUAGAGGUGAGUUAG